AAUAUCUUAAUCAGUAUUCCACGAGGUGAUUUCUGCUGUGUCAAUGUAGUGCCUACAAUGCAUUGUAAAAAUUUUUAGAGAAAUAUAAGAGUUUAUUUAGUGUUCACAUAUCUGUGACAAAUAACAUUCUCGAAUUUUCCGAAAUUUUUAAACUUUUUCUUAUAACAUUGUUUAUCAGUUCAUAUCUGAAAUAUCUGUUUAAAAGCAAAAAUAAUAAAACCUGCGAAGCUAUUUAUCCCUUAAAUUCCAUAGUUAGUUAUUUCUCGACAUUCUGACAAUUACCAAACAAAUCAAGAAUUCGAUCCGUUGUCGAAAAUUUUUUUGGAUCUUCGGAUUUCUUCCUUCUCAGUCUACGUUUCACAGCUUGCGAGGAGAAAACUUGUGCGUGCAUAAGAGGAAAAAAAGAAGAGGGUUAAGUGAAUUAUCUGCUCUCGAGGCUGAUCGAAUUCGGUGUGCAGUGUUGUAAGGUUUCCAGCGUGCAGCUGGGAAGCCAAAACAGUGUCUUGCAAGCAAAUUGUUCGUAUGACAUUCGUAUAGUGAAAUAAAAAAUUGGUUUCGUUAUUCUUUUUUUCUCUAUUUAUUCGUACGCAUUUACCGCGUUCUCCUUUUCUCUCGUGAACAUUAUGGAUCGCAAUAAGAGCACGAACGAUGGUGGCAGCUCGCCGGACACGAUGAUCGCGCGUUCCUCGUCGGAGGAGGAGAAGCGGAAGUCGAUCGUGGCCAGCACCUCGGGCGAAUACAUCACCAUGGGUGACAGCAGUUCCAGUCUCGAUACCUUGACUAGCGGCAGCGUCGCGACUCUCUCCGCCAGCGUCAACACGGACGACCGAAAAAGGGGUAAAUUCGACGCGUUCAAGAACAGCUUCCGCGAAGGUAACUUAUUUAAAAUCAAGAAGAAGACACGUGGAACCGACAUCUCCUCCCACUUCGAAGCGAAACAGCAUGACAAAGCUAUUUUUCCUGACUCACGAUUCUCUUCCACUUCAGAAAUAUCUCAGCAGCAUUCGCAACGGCUCGGGGACGAGAAAGAGUCGAAAUUGAUGACCGAUGUGUUUUCGAGCGCGAGCCUGAAGAAAAAGAAAAAGAAAUCGCAUUCGCUGGUGCGUAAGCUGAGCUUGAAUAAAUUUCGCAUGUCCUCGGAACAACAAGAGCCGCGACAUACUCCGGAGGGUGGCAACAGUAGUCGAUCCCAAAGCCAAUCCUCGCAAAACUCGCCCGUUCAUACAUAUAUUCACACUACGAAGAACGACGACGCCUUGAAAAGGGAAAAAGGGACAAAGGAGGAGCUUAAGAAACCAGAAAAGCUACUCGAGAAGACCAUCAGCGUAGUGCAAUGCAAAUCACCGUCGCUGACCAUCGAGAGCAUUGCGGAAACCAUUCAGCAGGACACUAAACGACAUUUACAACAAGAGAAUCAAGAUAACGUCUCACGUUCCGACGAGCGAUGCAGCUCGACGCUUCCGUACGCGUUGUCGAGGUGGCCCGAACGUAGCGAGACGAACGUAGCGAAACUCGCGGAGGGCUCAGCGAUAAGAAGCAGAGUAAAAGCGAAAUACGAUUCCUCGGAUUCCUCGGAAUAUAUGCCUUCGACAUCGUCAUUCGUUCGCCGCAAGCUGUCGCUGCUAGAAGAGAAACGAGCGAUAUUUCAGCAACGCUUCUUUGAUUCGUGGUCCAGGGAUGCGACCCGCUCGGACGAGAUCGUGAUUGACCUUAACAUCCACAACGAUCCAUCGAACACCACCACCAACGAGCUUUUUCAACAGCGCAGGGAAGAAGAAGAAGAAGAAGAAGAAGAAAAGAAAAAAGUGCGGCAUAUCAGCGUAAGAACCUUUGACACUUUCUCCACCUUCGACAACUCCCUCGACGACGAUUUGUCAGAGGAUUACGAUACAGGCAACAAUUAUCGAGAACUCUACUCCGCCAUGGCACCCAUCGACCACCUUGAGUCGUCGUCGAAUAAUGCAUCAAAUCUCGGAGUAAGCGAGAAACGGGAGCACUUGUACAAAAUAUUAGUAAUCGGCGAGCUUGGGGCGGGGAAAACGUCUAUCAUUAAGCGAUACGUGCAUCAAUUCUUCUCUCAACAUUAUCGCGCGACGAUUGGCGUCGACUUCGCGCUCAAAGUACUGAACUGGGAUCCGCACACCAUCAUCAGACUGCAGUUAUGGGAUAUCGCAGGUCAAGAAAGAUUUGGGAACAUGACCAGAGUUUACUACAAAGAAGCCGUAGGUGCUUUCAUAGUAUUCGAUGUAACGAGAAGCGCGACGUUAGAUGCGGUAGUAAAAUGGAAACAGGACCUGGAUUCAAAAGUGCAACUUCCUGACGGAUCGCCUAUACCGUGCGUUCUGCUGGCGAAUAAAUGUGAUCAACAGAAGGAAGGUCUGGUUAAUUCACCUGCCAAGAUGGACGAAUACUGUAAAGAGAAGAACUUCGCUGGUUGGUUCGAAACCUCGGCGAAGGAGAAUAUUAAUAUUGAGGAAGCAGCUAGAUUUCUCGUCAACAAAAUACUUCAAAACGAUCAAGUUAUAAGAGACAACGGCAUCCAAGAUCCAUCGGAUAACGAGAGAUUUGCGUUAAGUCAAUCGCCGACAAAUUCCAAAAAAUCCUGCAGUUGCUGACGAAUAGGCAAAUUCAAAUUCUCGAUUACGAUUUUCCAUUCGUCAACUUCAACGUGUGUUCGUAGAUGCCAUGAAAUAAUCAUAAUUUUUUACGCUUUGCCAUUUAUAACAAGAAGCAUUUACAUAUUUUUCAACGAAAAUAUUUUAAUGUGCGAAAAUUAUUUGAGUUUGCCAAUCCAAAUAAUUUUUUAGAUACAGCAUAAGCCAUAAUUUAAGGAUAAUAAUUAAACACAUUUUUUAACAUUUUUAUAAGCAGUGCUAUAAAAUGCAUAAUAAUAUAAUAUAAUAUAAUAUAAUGACUUUGAUAAAAUUAUCAAUUUUGCAUUUUUUUAAAUUAAUUGAUAUGUGCAUUUAUAUAUAAAAUUAAUUCAAGUACAUUUGUACGUAGCACUGUUUUCUGUUUGUCAAAAAUUUUGUAAAUAACUAUUAUUUAUACAACUGCUUUUAUCGUUAUUAAUAGCAAUAGUUAAGAAUCUUGUGUGUAUUGAGUGGUGAAGAGCAUAUAAUACUAUUUAUUACUCGAGUAAUUAAAUCGAUCACACACAUAUAUACAUAUACGUACUAUGAAUUUGAUAAAAACAGUAAUCUAUGCUUCCUAUUGAUACUUCCAUUACGCUGUUUAUUUUAAUUCAGUUAUCAAAUUCAAUUGUCGACAACAUUGUGCCUUCGUUCGCACAAUUGCAGCAAAUUACACAACUGCAUGAUUAUAAUUAAAACAUCAAAUAACCAUUUUAUACAUAAUACGCGUUUAGACAAAUUUGCUGAUAUAUAUUGUUUAAGCUGAAAUUCCAGAUGACAAAUGAAUAAUAAAAAUCUUUAAUGUAUUGCUUCCCGAGUUGAGAAAAAAAAGAUACAAAGAUAUGUAAUGUUCUUGAUAUAGAUCUACGUACAGAAGUAUAUACGUAUAGUAGUAAGAUGUAUAUCGAGAGAUGCAUAUAUAUAUGUAUACAUUGUAAUCGUACAUUGUAAAUAACUCAGAUUUUACAUUAAUGAUCUUCACUUUUUAAGCGAUGUUCGUAUAUUUACACUUUUAUAUAAUAUGAUUUAUAACGCGACGCGUAUUGUUACUACAAAAAUUGUAGAUAAAUGUGUAUGUUAUACAUGUUACUUUUCCGAAACAUAUAAUGUACCUAAUACACUAUUAGUAUCUAACGAUAAUGAUAGCGAUGCCUGUCUUAUUUUAGCUCUUUUUGUAUAGAUACAAGAUAUAAUUGCAAAAAAAUGUUUAACU